UCUUAAAGAGAAAACUGGUUCAGUUUGUAUGUGAAAAAUACUGUUACUUCUAUUGUCUCUUUCAAAUUCUGAAUUUGACAGGGAAGGUAUUUUUUUUUCUGCUAAUAUUAAUAAUAUAUCAAGUAGCAAUGGGAGACAUGGAUUCUUCAUCUUCAACAACUUUGUCAAAUCACAAGAAGACCUCGUCGGUGUCUCGUUUGAGGAAGGGUUGUUUGUCUUUCGCAGCUUCAUUACAGAAAGGUUUUCGAUAUGUAAAAGCGUUUUUUGUGGGUCAGGUGAAGACUAUUACUGCAAGGAAUGAGAAGGAAGCAAGUGAAGCUGAACUUGAGGCUACCAAGAUGCAAGUUGAGGCUACGGAUGCUGCUGAAGAUAUAAAGAACAGACUCAAUAAAUCUGCAUAAUUUUUUGCUUUUCACUAGUUAAUUACUACAAAAUUUCUGUCUUUUUUUCUGCUACUGAUGCAUAAGGGAAAGUGGGAAACAAAAAUGUAUUUUAGUAGUUCCAAUUUACACAUGGAUGUAAUAUUGUUAAUUAAGUAUGAAUUAAUCCAACUUAAUUUCUUUAAUAUAA